UAAAGCUAAAAUUUCAAUGAGAUUAACCAUUCCUUUCUCUCAGUGUACGUCGAGAUAUGUGUGGCCGCCGCGUAUUGCGAUAAUUAUCAAUAUCCUAUCAAUAACGAUAGGAGACCUCAGUUUCCUGGCAGAGAAUAUUCGCGGUCGUUUCUUUUCAGAUCGUCGACCGCUUUUCGGCAGGUCACGGAGGAAGGACGCGCUCGCGGUGCGGGCGUGCCUGCGGAGCGGACGACCAAGAACCUGAAGAGGAGAGGGGUAGAUACAGGAGGAACCAGAAUGAGCUGCCAGGUGUACGUAUCACCCAUAGGGAUCGGUAGAAAACAAGGUGGGAACCAUAUGUUGAUCUGCUGACGGACGUUCUGGCACGCGCCGCACUCAGACUCGAGCCUUUACACCGUGAGGAUCGGUGACUGCGCUGUCCACUCUGGUAUCCUGUUGACCCGAGUACUCGACAGUGCAGUCUCCGUGUUUUUCACAUAUUGUUUCUGAUUACGGUAAAGACGCGAUAUAUCGAACGUAGUGAACGGGGACUGAGAGUGAGAAAACGAAAUUAGCGAAUACGCGAGUAGGUGAUGUUCUUCAAGGGAUUCCCUUCUUGACGUUAAUCUGGAUACGUGUUGUUCAAUGUUGAGGCGCGCAACAGUUCGCAGUCCGAUUAACGAACGGAGGACAACGGUCAUAUCGCGACCAAUGAGAGUUAUCAAAAACUCGAGGUGGCUGCCUCGAAAUCAUUUGUUGUAGUGUGCAUCACGCAAAAGCCAUUAACCGAUCGCGUUAAUGAACUCAAAGGAAUGCGACUAGUGUUGACGCGCUGCGGUCCAUCCCUUGCCUCGACGUAACGUAACAACGGGGUAACUUGAAGAAAGUAGAGAUUCCGUAGAGUUCGUUUAUACUGGAAGAAAAACGAUUCUCCCUGCAGAAGCCUUGUGUAAAACUCAUCUCGCGAGACCGACUUUGUGAAACAGGAUUACCUUGCGCAUUCAGUCCGAUGAAACAGAGAUUUCCCGAAGUGUUCAGCCAAUGAGUAACGAGCCCAAAUAACCACCCUCGUUUGCGCGAUCAUGGCUCUACUGUCGAACCAUCACUGUAGCUAUCAGAACACGCAGUCCGAGAUGUUGACACCUGCGUAUCCGAAUGUGGCGAGGAAUUACGACCCCUUGUAUCCGUCACCGUACAACUCCCCGAACUACGACUCCGGCAGGAUCACAUACCGAGAUAAUUGCGCGCACGAGAGUGAGCUCACGCCACGAAGAGAGCUUGAGACACUCGAUUACACUAAAGACGUGAUGUCCGAAUAUACGAAAACUUCAGAGGUAUACGAAAGAGAAUCUUAUGGCGUCUUGACACCUGUCACACCACAAAGAUACGAACCGCCACAUUCGAUGGAACAGACGAUGUCACCGCGAUCGACAUUAUACGAGGAGAAUUCUAUAGACUAUCAGCCACCGUCUUAUUGCUACGAAACUCCUCCUCAGGAACCGAGAUACCAACCCCUAGAGAAUAGCAAACCGACUAUCACGAUCGUUGAACCACGCGCCAGUUGUUGGGAGCCUGUCAUCUCGACUCAAAAAAUGUCGACGACACCGCCGGUGAGUCCGCGAAAAGGCAGACGAAGGUCCCGCGACGUUCCGCCGUCGCCGACGGUUUUGAAACGUCGACGCCUUGCUGCAAAUGCACGCGAGAGACGUCGUAUGAACGGUCUGAACGACGCCUUCGACAAAUUGCGCGAAGUUGUGCCGAAUCUCGGGACCGAUCACAAACUCAGUAAGUUCGAGACCCUACAGAUGGCACAGAGCUAUAUAGCAGCAUUGUGCGAUCUUCUCCAAAGGCAUGAUGGAAAGAGAUGAAAUUAGACGCAAAUACUAUACGUUUUAUCUGCUAAUUUAAUGAUGUUUAAUAAUGUUUUCUAUUUGAUCUUGGAUGAAUUUUCCUGUGUUUCUUCUGGAUAUAUUUUUCCUUCAGAGAAUUGAUUGAAUCUCUUUGUAAUGUUCCUAAUUUUAAGCAAAACCGAAUCAAGUCAUGUAGUCUAUAAACAGCACUAAAAAAAAAAAGUAGAAAACAUGUA